AUGUCGCGCCAUGCUUCAUCAGGACCAACUUCGGUUCCCACAUCGAAAUCCCAGCAGUAUCAGCUCGUUUCUCCUGGCACACCAGCUGAUCCUCGAGCUAUGAGCCAAAACAACAAGGACCAACUCAUCCAGUCCCUUCGGACACACCGAGUCAACACCAUUACUGAAUUGCGUCGCAUCGAGAAGAUUUUUGCUUACCUGGAUUCCGCCGAGGUCACUGAGCCGAUGACCACGGCAUGGGCUCAUUACGUCAACUCCAACAACCUGUUAAAUGAGCUUCGUGGGCUUACCAGGACCUACCCAUUCAGUUCGGAGUGUCUAGACGAAGCAAAAGCUAUGGUCGUCCGCGACCCCAGCAGCACACGGAGCUGGAACUACUGUUGGCUAGUGCUGGUCAAGAUGGAGAAAGAGUAA